UAUAUACGAUCAUUACAUGCGCGCAAUGAUACUUUAGAAAUCCCUUAUACUCAAACUCAAUUCGGCGUCGUGUUGAUGGUUGACGUAGUUGGCUUCAGUUCUGUAUCUGACCACCUUAGCAGGCGAAAAGGGCGAUUCUGGUGCCGAAGCGAUAGCACUGGAAAUUGGUUGCUAUAUGGGAGAGUGUAUUGAGAUCAUCGAACAUUUUGGGGGAGAUGUCGUCAAAUUUCUCGGAGAUGCAGUUUUGGUCAGUUUCCAGCCCAAUAAUUUUGACGAUGACCAAAUGGAUAUCAGCAACGAUCCUACAGCCAAAGACAAACUUGCCAGGCAGAAAAAUUUAUUAGUGAGACGAGCUGUGGAAUGUGGUCUACAAUUACUAGCUAGACAAUCACAUUAUCGAGUUUAUUUAACAGCCGAGGAACGAACAAAGCAUAGGUCAUCAUUGACCGGCGAAAUUGACCGAAGAGGAUCGGCUGCAAAAAAUCAACGUUUUUUUCUAUUUGAUGGAGGCAGUGCUAAUACUGCAGAUAGUGAAGCGUCUACCUCGAGAGAUAGUCUGCAUUUAUCACCAGUCCCUGAUCUAGACCAUAGUUACCCAGAGGAAUACUCAACAUCAUUCAAUUUUUGGAACCUUAUAUCUUUGCUAUUCAGUAAAAACAAAAAUAACAAAGUGCAUACAGCUAGAAGGGCUUGCGGUGACGCGUUAGAAUCUUCUGCAAAUCAAGAGAAGCCAAACGCCAUUGAUUUAGAUUUGCAUAUAGCACUUUCAUGUGGGGACGUUACCAACAUUGUUAUAGGGGAAGCCAACGUUUCACUUGAAAGCCAUGCAAGACGGAAUAGUACUUAUAUGAAAGAGAGUAAUGUGGAAAGUUUGACAAUUUAUCCUUUGGAAUAUACUGGACGACUCGAAUAUGCCAUUUGUGGACCUGCCGUCGAAUCUUUGGAAGAUGCGUUAUCGGCAGCCAAAGCGGGCGAAAUGAGUAUCACACCUGAAGCUUACGAAUUAUUUCAAAACCAAACAAUGAGUUUAGUAUGCGAGAAGCGUAACCAGUUUUACGUAGUAAAAAGUUCUGAAACAACAACCAUAUCAAAACGAGGAGGAGCAAUUGGAGGCGUGGCAAGCCGACAAUUUCACUCUUCAUCCCAUCAAAAAACACCAUCUAUACCCAAUGCCACCUAUCUGGCCGAUCGACCAGGAUUAAAAACACGAGCUGCAACACUUAAUAUUGAACCCUUGAUACCACGUACUAGAGAGAUGAAUUAUUGGAAAGCUGAGUCUGAUCCAAAUCCGAAUUAUUUUAAAUACAUCAAUCACAGUGCACUUUAUCGAUUACAACAUAGCCCAGAUGAUAAUUUUCCUGCUCAAUUUCGUGAUGCAACAGUCAUGUUUAUUAGUCUGGGCAAGUUGAAUCCUGCAACACCAGAAGGCUUAAGUAUUGCACAGAAAGCUACUUAUACAACUAUACGAAUAUUGAUAAAAUAUGAAGGAAUUCUACAACAAUUUGCAGUGGAUGAUAAAGGCGCUACUUUGCUGGCUGUUUUUGGACUUCCACCACUCUCUCACGAAAGAGAAGCAGUAUUUGCAGCAAAAGCUGCUAUCGAGCUUCGUGAUGACUUCAAGGAUUUUUUGGAUGAUUUUGCUAUUUCUUUAUCCACAGGUGUCAUUUUUAAUUCUGUUCUACCUCAAGGCAAUCCUUAUCGUCGUGAUCCUGCCAUUGCUGGUGAUACGAUUAUUUUGGCUGUUCGUAUGCUCAAAUUCCCGUUUUCACAAAAGGGUAUUGUUUGUGAUUUUGCUACCAAGCAACAAAUAGGUCGAACUUGUGAAUUUGUAGAUUUUGGCGAGAAAUUUGUUAAGGGUAAAGUAAAGCCGGUCUCCAUCUACGGCAUUGUUCGGUUUGCAGCAGUAAAGGCAAAGCGAAUUUCUGCUCAAAGCCAGGAAAAAAUAUCUGAUUUUAUCGGGUACAAAUCGGAAAUGGCAGCUGCAACGGACUGCGUCGAUGAAUGGGGUGAAGUGCCUAAUCAUCAUUUGUUGGUUAUUUCUGGUCCGUCGGGUGUUGGUAAAAGUUUCUUCUGCCACGCUCUCAGUAAGAAAAUAAGUUCGCGAAGUACCACCUGUUGUUGGUCGUCGUCUACAGAAGUGGAGAAAAGCUCAAAAUAUUAUCUGGUCAAGAAUAUUUUGAUGGCACUUUUUGAAAUAGUUGAAUCAGAUCAGGUUCCGCAAAAUGUACGACGAAAAGCACCUCAUUUAAGUGGAUCAAGUACAGGCAUACAUUUUCAUAGUUCUUCCAAUCGGUCCAACUCUACAGCGACAGAAAACUCAACCACUAACUCGUCACAAUCUUCCGUUGUACCUUCUCCCACCACUACAACUCGAGAUACUAUCAGCCAUCCUAGUUUUCAAAACACAACGGCUACCGUCGCCACAGGUACUACCACGACUACCACGACUGCAACCUUUGAACAUGUACAACAAUUCGUAUCAAAUUCUACCACAUCUAGAUCCUCGGGAGGCUAUCGAUCUAACGAUCACAGUGAUGGUUCGAAUGAGUUGGCUGAAUUGAUCACUCGGUGUUUGAGAAAAUGUGGUGAAGAAGAAGGGUUAUUGCCUUUGUUCAAAGUAGUGUUCGCAAAUUUGGGUGAUAUCGAGGAUAAUAGGUACACUCUUCGACUAGACGGUCGUGCCAGAGAUAUUUUAUUGUCGGGUAUCAUCACGCGUAUGAUCAAAUAUGUGUCCGAACACGUUUCACUCGUUUUUAUAUCAGAUGAUUGUCAAUGGGCCGAUUCUGCGUCCAUUCGUCUGUUGCAGCAUAUUCACGAGCAAUGUCAGAGAGUUUUGCUUGUACUCGCUACUCGUCCGGUCAAAGACUAUAAUGUUACUUUUAUUGAUGAUUUCAAAACAACUGGUGUCUCUGAAGAGAUUCAACUAAAUGGCUUGGGUGCCAAAGAAAUUGGGGAAAUUAUCCUGCAGACUUUUCAAACAGCCGGUGUAACAAGUGUAAGCCCUGAAAUUGUACGAGUGAUUCAAAAGCGUACUGCUGGUAAUCCACUCUACGUCAAAAAUAUGGCUAUCGUGCUUAAAGAUUUCAACCACGUUUCUGUGGUCGAAAGUGUACUUGUACCUAGUAGCAAUCAAUUCGAUCUGGAAGACCUAUUGGGCAAUUUUGACUACAAGCGUAUCAUCAAAAUGCAAUUCGAUCGGGUUGAAGCUAGUUUUCAAGAAUUCUUAACCGUAGCCAGUUGCUUAGAUCAGUAUUUCACAAUAGAAGAGGUGCAAGCUGUUAUUAAAGAUAACAAUUCAGACUUUAAAUAUGCCGAUGAUAAAGCUGUUAUUGAAAAGAUCAAGAAGUACGAUGUUUAUCACUUUAUUCAAAGGGUUGAAGAUUACAGUAACACCACUGCAGCGUUUAUUAGCAAUACAGAAACACCCAGAGAAACGUUUACUUUUACUCAUAUUACUAUCCCACAAAGUAUCUACGACAUGGUAUCUUACGAAAGCCGUAUAUUACUUCAUCGAAUGCUUGCUAAAUACUACGAAAGUCAAUUGACGCGAGAAAAUUACACGGAUCUACUCGGCAAAGUGACUCGUCAUUACUUACAGACAGAUUGGCUUGACAAGCAACUGUAUUAUUUGGAAGCGCUCGCUGAUUUAAAUAUGAGAUCCUACUUAUUACCGGAAGCAACUGUUAAUCUAGAACAAGUUGUAAAAAUCCUCAAUGAGAACCAAGACCUUGCUGCUCAAUUCGGCCGUAUCCAUCUGAGCGAUAUCUACCGCCGUCUAGGCAUGUGCUUUACGAUGCGUACAAAAUUGAAAGAAGGUGAAAAGUUCUUGUUUCAAGCGCUAGAGUGUUUAGGAGAACCGUGGCCUCAAAGCGAGCCCGAAUUUCUCUACAAGUUUUGGGUCAAUCGUCUCACUCAAUUCCGUCAUCGCAAAAUACAAAUGCUUCGCAAAGCUGACAAGUACCUUCUAAAAAAAGAAAUCAGUAAACGUGUCGUUGAAAUUAUGGCCCAGCUCUCCAAUAUCUACUUUUAUACAGGAAAGGGCCGUUCCUUUGUAUAUACUUGCCUUGUCGGGUUGAACGCUUGUGAACGCUUAAAUGAAGUAGGCCCUAAUUAUACCCUGUUCCUAGCACGAAACUCCUUGUUGAGCUGGCUCAACGACGAUAAAGAACAAAGUAUCUUUUACAUUACAAAGGCUUUACGGUAUAUGGACGAAAAGAAUGAUGCAGAUACGCUGACAAUAUGUUCUCAUUUGUGUUUUGCUGCUGGAAAGUUCAAAAAUGCAAGAGAUCUGUUGUAUCAAUCGAUCGAAGCGGUGAAAACGCUAGGUGUAAUUACAGAUUGUCAAGCAUUUUAUCGGUCAGUUGGCAUGGUGAUAACAAUGCGUAUUUUCGAAGGCACUUUGGAUAAUUCACCUAAUGACUUGAUUUUGUUGAAGCAAAUGGCAAAUACAGCGCAUAGUAACUGUGAUUUUGAAGCAGAGAUUUGGUUGAGUGUGUAUAAUAUUGGCAAUGCUUUAAUUAUGGAUCGACUACGCGAAUGUGAGCCAUUCGUCGCGUUGUUAGAAACUCAUUUGAAACAGUCAGCUGAUUACAACCGAAUUGCCAUACAUGGUACUUUGAUCUGUUAUUACGCCAGAAUCAGGAACUAUGAGUUCGCAAGAAGACAUACUCGAAGCUUAGUGGCCAUUUUACCUUUAUUAACAGUUACACCCAAUAUAUUUCCUAUUUUUGGGCUUAUUUUUGCUACCAUGGGUAUGUACUGUAUGAUUGAGGAUGAACAAGUGGACUUUGUGUCGACAGGCGAUUCCAAAAACUACGAUCGAUUUAUACUGGGUGUUUCACGUAUCAAUCACGCCUUCCAACAAGUGAAGUUCUGGGAAUUUACUCAACCUUGUCUCUAUCUAGCGAGAGCUUUACCCUAUAUCAGUACAGGAAGAACUGUAGAAGGUUUCAUGGUUUUACAGCACGGUGUGAUGGAAAUGCGAUUCAUCCAAGAGAUUCGAUUCCUGAAAGCAUACUACUGGGCAAAUCUCGGCAAAUACGCGUUUACGCCUAGUGAUCGUAUUGAAUGGACUGAAAGAGCGAAAAUGGAUUUAGAAAGUCUCAAGAUACCAGCACAUGUGUAUUGUAAUCCUGAUCCAGCCAAUUCGUAUUUGCGUAAUAUCCCUUCUGAUGCUAUAGUUUAAUCAUUGUAUUAUUUCAAUCAUCCAGCAUUCCUAAUUUUGUAAAUAGCUUCAUUUUCACGAUUACUUCUACUACUAUUACUCUUAUUCUCAUUUGUUACAUCAUUAUUUUAAUUCCAUAUCCCUUUUUCUGUUUUGUUUUUCAACUUGUAUUUUUUUUUAUCCAUUUUCGUUAUAUGUAAA